AUGAUGCUCUCUGCCGUAACACAUUCCCACCUUAUCGCCAUCGAUCAUUUUUCCAAAGCGCCUGCCUCUACAACCCUUGAAACAUGCCCUUCGGAGCCAUGUACCCCUUUUCAUCAACCCCAACGCUUCGAAAUUACACCAGAAUCUACGACAUCUUUUCUUUCCAAACCCGAGUCGAUAGAGUUGGACAUGUCGGAUAUGGACAACACGCCCCUACAAUUUGAAGACCUUCCGAUAGAGAUUCAUGAAGCUGUGUUGGAUCAUUUAUUUGGUGUAAGAGGUGCUGCCUUGACCUCCGUCACGACCACCUCAGCGACGGCGUCUAGUUGGAGUAAAACUUUACGACACCCACGGAGAAAAGUACUCUCUGACCUUGCCUUGGUCUCACGCACUUGGAGACCUUUGGUCCAAGAAAGGAUCUAUCGACAUAUUCAGGUCAAAGGUACAACCGACGGGCUUCAGGAAAGCGCACAAUGGUUCAGCUCCCAUCCGCACCUUGGCCCAUACGUCCGUCAUAUCGAGGUUUGGGUUCCUGUCUGGGGCGAUCGAUUACCGAGACCACAUAUCUUACCCCAAAACCGUCGAGCUACCGAAGAGAGGGAAAGUCAACAGCCUACAAAUUCAGUCGCAUUGUUCCAAGCGGUUGCCGAUGGUAUUGAGCACGGUCGUACAAAUCACAAUUUCAGAUUUGCCAACCGAAAUGCUACCUUACAACAAAUCUUUUUCCAUGUCGCGUGCUUCUUUCCGGACGCCAAGAUGCUCACGUUGGAAGGGGGUCACUGUAAGAAACCACCCAUGAUCAAACAUUUCUGCGACGAUGCAACAAAUGAACAGUCCCUAGAGCCUCUACCAAAUAUUCAGAUAUUCAUAAUGAGAGGAGCUUGGAAUAUCAUGAGAGGUCACAGCCACUGGUGUACUAUUGCUGCCGCACUGCCUAAUAUACGUGAAUGGAAUUGCACUUAUGCCAAACCUAAACGAGAGGCCCAAGCCACUAUUUCGAGAAUUUUGACAAAUUUUCCACGGGGUCUCACGCGACUUAGCAUCAGCCUUGAAGGAUUUUGUAGUAAGACAAAUUCCCAAUCCCGAUGGCUGGGUGGUCCUCAAGUCGAACGACAUCUUUGUCGACUGUUGGGAGAUAUUAUCCCACAACUCGAAUCCUUGACGUUUACAGGAAAGGUCUGCGCCACCUUGUUUGCCGCGGCGCGAGCCGCCACCAUUAAGAGGGAGGUACGAUCUAGGCUAAAAGCGGUGGACCUGGUGGUGAAAGCGUGCUGCUGUGAAUUAGCCAAACCUGAAGGCAAUUUGAAUUUUGUCAAUGACCAUUCCGGGAUCACCAAUAUGACAUUUAUCAAGUCGUUUGAGAAGCUGGUCGUCACUGCCGUCAGAUCCCUAGACACUUUGACGGCGAUACAAUUUAUGAGAAUUCGAUAUAUUGACCUCGAUUCGAUAUGUGGCCAGCUCAACCCUUACUACCAGCUAGUCGGCAACGACUGUACGGGCUUAUGGAGCGAAGAGAUUCUAGAAACCCUCCAAGAGACUCGGCCAAAUGCCCAAUUUGAUGUACUAGACGAAGGGAUACUCCCAGAAUAUAGCAUCAAUUCGCACACGGGAACGGCGGCCUAUCCUCGCAGUCGCCCCCGCAGCAUGAGGGUCAGUGCGUACGAAAUUAUCGCCGACAAAUCUAAACCCUAA